AUCAACGCUAACAGGGGGUUUUAGAAUGAAGCUUUUCCAUACUAGUGUUCUUAUAGCGGUCUACUUAUCCCAGCCUGCCUCAUUUCCGUAUCAAAGUGGCCUGCUGUCGAGCGCUAUCUACCCCACGUGACGUUACAUUUUCGAUAUCGACACGGAAUAUCCUCCAAAUGGAAAAACUAUGGCGUCGUAAAACGGCGAGUUGAACUAGAUCGACACGACCAAGCUGGGGUUGAUCCUUGGGUGUGUCCCCCACACAGAGCUGCUUGUACAUUCUCCAAGCCGCCAUAUAUUUGCUCCAUCGCCAGGCCCUGUUUUCCAUUCUCCGAUUUAUAGAGCGGAUCAAAGAUUGACAAUCUUCACUUAAUUAUCACUGGUUGACUAAUCGGUCGCCAGGACGUCGAUUCCAAAAUGGAGAAACACGAGGAGGCAACAGGUGUCGGGCAGGAAGUUAGCAGGGACGAGAAGGGAGACAAUGUUCAUAUCGAUGUGACUCGCGAUAUAACCCGCGCCGAACAUGACCUUGGCUUUCGGCAAGCAUUGCGGCAGUACCCCACCGCCACAUUCUGGGCCAUGUUUUUCAGUAUUGCUGUUAUUAUGUCGGGAUAUGAUGGCCAAAUAAUCUUCUCAUUUUACGCUCUUCCGGCAUUCCAGAAGAGAUAUGGAAAUCCCAUCGGCGACGGCUACGAGAUCCCCGCACCAUGGCAGACGGCUCUUGGAAUGGGUAACCCAAUCGGACAGGUGUUGGGUGCUCUUGCAAGUGGAUAUCCUAUGGAGCGAUUUGGCAGAAGAUGGACUUUGGCAGUCUGCUGCGUAUGGUCGGUCGGAUUUGUUUUUGUGCAAUUUUUUGCCACGUCUCUUUCUAUGCUUUGCGCUGGUGAGAUUCUGGGCGGCUUGGCAUACGGCUUCUACGUCGUCAUUGCUCCGACAUAUGCAUCUGAAAUUUGUCCACUUGCACUCCGGGGUCUACUCACAGCAUUCAUCAAUUUAGCCUUCGUCAUUGGGCAGUUUAUUGCUCAAGGAGUCGCUGCCGGCUUGGAAGGCAGAGAGGAUCAAUGGGCCUAUAAAGCUCCGUUUGCAUUGCAAUGGCUCUGGCCGGUAAUCAUUCUCAUAGGUCUACCCUUUGCUCCAGAGAGUCCAUAUUGGCUUAUCCGUCAGGGACGUAAAGAGGACGCUCGUAAAGCCCUAGAAAAAUUAUCGUCUUCGAAGAAUGCGCCUGACAUUGACCAAGUGCUGCUUGGGGUUGAACAGACGGAUCUCUUGGAACAAGAGUUCGAAGCGACUACGAAUUACUGGGAUCUAUUCAAGGGGGUCAACCGUGUAAGGACAGAGAUCACAAUUAUGGUGUACUUGAUCCAAGUCAUUGCCGGAAAUCCGCUUAUUGGCUAUGCAAACUACUUUUUUGAGCAAGCCGGUCUUAAUGCUGCCGACUCAUUUGAUAUGGGCGUUGGAAACACUGCACUGGGUUUUGUUGGUACCAUUACCUCAUGGUUCUUGCUAAACUAUUUCAAAUUGGGCCGACGAACGAUCUAUAACACUGGCAUGUGGGUGAUGACACUGCUUCUCUUUAUCAUCGGCUUCCUUAGCAUCCCCACAAACAAUAAAGGCGCAAUUUGGGCAAUGGCUAGCUGCAUGGACGUGUGGACAUUUAUCUACCAGAUGACUGUCGGGCCAAUUUGUUUCGUUAUUAUUUCCGAAAUAUCGUCUACACGCUUACGAACGAAGUCUAUCGCAUUAUCCACUGCCGUCCAAUCGUUCUUCAAUAUCAUCAGCACAAUUGCUAUGCCUUAUAUGCUGAAUACUGAUCAAGCGAACUGGGGAGGAAAAGCAGGAUUCUUAUUCGGGGGCAUAAGCUUUUUCUGUGCCAUCUGGUGUCAUUUUAGGCUUCCUGAAAGCAAAGGAAGAACUUUCGAAGAACUUGAUAUUCUGUUCCAGAGAAAAGUUCCUCUGCGGGACUUUAAAACUUAUGAUCUUUUAGCUGAGACCGAAUUAGGGAAAGUGGAAACAGCAUAGUAGUUCAAUUAAGAACAAGGAAGAAUAAAAUUUCUUUAAUACGGUUCCAAUAAUG